AUGGCCGCCCCCUGCUCCCGCGCCCUCGUCCGGGCGAGCACCGCCCGCCGACAGACCGCCUCUGCCUUCCCCUGCACACCCACGCCCGCCCGCACACCCACACGCGUCCCCUCGCGCUCCUUUGCCUCGUCCCGCCCCCUCCGCGCCCAGCAGCACCGCAAGGAGUCGUUCCGCGCGCGGCUGGGCGCAGCCCUCGGCAAGACCAGGAUCAAGUGGGAGCCCAUGCCCAUUGCCCUCGGCGUCGCCUUCCUCGGCGCCUUCCAGCUGUACCGCGUCCAGCGCAGGGAAAAGCACUCCCAGCCCGAGCACGACGGGGGCGAGCAUGUCGACCAGCACGGCCGCCCCAAGAAGCGCGAGCGCAUACGGCCUAGCGGGCCCUGGACCGUCCAGGUCAUGUCGACGCUGCCCCUCAAGGCCCUCUCGCGCCUCUGGGGCAGGUUCAACGAAAUCGACAUCCCCUACUACUUCCGCGUCCCCGGCUUCAAGCUGUACUCGUUCCUCUUCGGCGUCAACCUCGACGAGGUCUCCGAGCCUGACCUGCACGUCUACCCCAACCUGGCCGCCUUCUUCUACCGCACCCUCAAGCCCGGCGCCCGCCCCCUCGACCCCAACCCCAACGCCGUCCUCUCGCCCGCCGACGGCAAGGUCAUCCAGUUCGGCACCAUUGAGCACGGCGAGGUCGAGCAGGUCAAGGGCGUCACCUACAGCCUCGACGCCCUCCUCGGCUCCAACCGCCCCUCCCAGCCCUCGGACAACGUCGCCGACUCGCAGCUCCGCGCCUCGGAACACGUCAAGACCCCCAAAGACCACGAGGACACGGUCCGCGCCGACGAGGAGUUUGCCAACGUAAACGGCAUCUCCUACACCCUCCCCAACCUCUUCUCCGGCCCCUGGCCCAAGGGCGGCAAGCCCGCCGAGAUGCCCACCGACCAGUCCACCCACUCUGCCCCCUCCUCCGAGGCUGAAGUCCGCGCCGACCUCGCCCUGAGCGAGUCGGCCCGGCCCUGGUGGGCGCCCGCCUCCCAGAAGACGCCCACCGCCCUCUACUACUGCGUCAUCUACCUGGCCCCCGGCGACUACCACCGCUUCCACUCGCCCGUCUCGUGGGUCGUCGAGUCGCGCCGCCACUUUGCCGGCGAGCUCUACUCGGUCUCGCCCUACCUGCAGCGCACCAUGCCGGGCCUCUUCACCCUCAACGAGCGCGUCGUCCUGCUCGGCCGCUGGCGCUGGGGCUUCUUCAGCUACACCCCCGUCGGCGCCACCAACGUCGGCUCCAUCAAGAUCAACUUCGACCGCGAGCUGCGCACCAACAGCCUGACCACCGACACCGCCGCCGACCGCGCCGCCGAACAGGCCGCCGCCCGCGGCGAGCCCUACUCGGGCUUUGCCGAAGCCUCCUACCGCAGCGCCAGCCACGUCCUCGGCGGCCACAGCCUGAAGCGCGGCGAGGAAAUGGGCGGCUUCCAGCUCGGCUCCACCAUCGUCCUCGUCUUCGAGGCCCCCAAGGGCCUCCGUCCCAGCCUCGACGACGGCUACCAGCCCGAGCGCAACGGCGGCUUCGUCUGGAACAUUGAGCAGGGCAAGAAGGUCAAGGUCGGCGAGGCCCUCGGCGCUGUCCAAGAGGCGAACCACUCGCUGUGA